CUGAUCUUUGAAGUGCAGAUGGGACAAUCCGCGUGCGCAUGUAGAUUGUUUGGAUUUCUGACGACGCUUAGCACCUACUUUGGAUAAUUGUCAAUGAAUGAAGUCAUUGUUAUUCUAAGAUUAGGAGUUACAUGCAAAAGGCAUGCUCCUAUCCAGCGUUAGUGCCUUAAUAAUAGGCUGAAAUUCUUGUUUGGUGAGAAAGUUACACGAGAGCUGAAUGCGUCUAUAGGCUGAGGGGCGGAUCUCACUACACCUCACCAUACAUACAGCAGAUCUGCGGGGUCAGACAGACACACGUGUGUUUAAAUAGAGAGGGGCUGGAGGACGGACCUGCACCGCGGGGAUGUUCAGCUGCGGCUCCGGAGCUGGAGGAGGAUCGGCGUCGCCAGACAUGAGCCGCCGCGCGCAUCCGUGCGUCCGUCAGCGAGGAUCCGGACAGCUCUGACCACUCGGACCAUGGCACUGCCAUCUCCCCACAACACCUCUGGAUCUUACCUCUGUUUUAAACUCUUUGUGGAGUUUGUGACCUGCAGAUCUGGAUCUUCAGAAAGUCUCUUCGCCGUUCGUCGAGGUGUGUUUUGGAGCGUUUUUGUCAUGAUAAUGUCUGCUGAAGGUUUCGCGUCGGGAUCGACUCCCUCAUGACACCCAUGCCUCCCUCUCUCUGGAUCUUAACGAAGAGCAGUUCUACAGGCUUUGGAUACUCUGUUUAUUCAUUAGUUUUCUUUCCCCCCGUGCGUCUGGAGCGGAUUUAGGAUGCUGUGUCUGUCUCCUCCAGUCACCUACAACCUGCUGUUCUGGUUCUUCAUUCUCCAAACGCCACAUUUAACUGCGCCUUUAAUCACUGGUACAGAGGCGAGCUGUGAGAACGAGGGAGAAGUGCUACACAUCCCCAACAUCACAGACAACCCCUGCAUCUCCUGCGUCUGUCUGAAUCAGAAAGUAGACUGUAAGCAGGAGAAGUGUCCGCCGCUGGCAGAGGACUGUGCGCUGGUGGUCAAACAGACAGGAGCCUGCUGUGAAAGAUGCAAAGGCUGUCAGCUGAAGGGGACGUCCUACAACAGUUCCCAUCACUGGAUCAGCCCUGUCAAACCCUGCGUCACAUACAGCUGUCAGGAAGGAGUCAUCACUGAAGCAGAAAUGAGGUGCGUCAUUCACUGUAAGAACCCCAAAAUCCACCCGAAGAAAUGCUGCCCAACCUGCCCGGGCUGUAUUUUCGAGGGGAAUUUAUAUAAAGAAGAUGAAGAAUUUCAUCCUGAAGGGAAUCCCUGUAUUAAAUGCAUCUGCACUGGAGGUCACAGCAUGUGUCAUAAGAUGGUGUGUCCAGUCCUGUCCUGCCCGGCUCAUCUUACCCACACACCGCCGGGACAGUGCUGUCCUAGAUGUCGUGGUCAGAGGAAGGUGUUUGACCUGUCUCCCGGCAGCUGUCUGUUCCGCAGCGAGGUCUAUGAGAACGGCUCCUCCAUCAGCUAUGACGCCUGCACCUCCUGCACCUGUGUGGACUCUACGGUGGCCUGCAGGAGGAGAUGCUCGCCGCCCGGCAGCUGUCAGGGCAGCGGCUGCUGUGAGGAGUGCCAGUCUCACCUGAAGAUGGAAGAUGUGAAGUACUGCAGGGUGAAGAGCAAAAUCUAUAGGGACGGUGACAGAUGGUCGUCUGUGAACUGCUCUCUCUGCACCUGUGUUAAGGGGAAUAUUGAAUGUCAGCCCAAGAUUUGUGUUCCUAUCACCAGCUGUCCCUCGAAUAAGAUACUGAAUCGCACUGGCUGCUGUCCUGUUUGCACUGACAAGCCAGGCGUGUGCACCGUAUUCGGAGACCCUCACUAUAACACUUUUGACGGCCGCACCUUUAACUUCCAGGGCACGUGUAAAUAUGUGCUCACUAAAGACUGCUCUCCAGCGGCCAGUUUCACAGUGCUGGUGAAGAACGACGCUCGGCGCACGCGCUCCUUCUCAUGGACCAAAUCCGUGGAGCUGCACACAUCCGGCCUGAGCAUCAGCCUCCACCAACACCUGACCGUCCGUCAGAACGGCACACGCAUCGCUCUCCCCUUCCAUAGCACUGGGGUCCACAUCGACCUGGACGGGUACCUGCUCAAACUCACCACCAUCGCAGGGCUGGAGAUCUCGUGGGACGGGGACAGUCUGGUGGAGGUGGUCGCGGCGCCCCAUCUGAAGGAGCGGCUCUGCGGGCUGUGCGGAAACUACAACGGUCACAGGCGAGACGACACUCUCGGAGGAGACGGCCAGUUUAAGUUUGACGUGGACGAAUUUGCUGAGUCCUGGCGCGUGGAGGACAACGAGGUGUGUGAGGCUCCCAACCGCAGGCCCACAUCCUUCCUCUGUCCCGGCACAGUCAAAGUAAAGCUCCGCGCGCACAGAACCUGCCAAAAGCUCAAGUCCUGGGAGUUUCAGAAGUGCCAUUCUGCUGUAGACUUUACCUCCUUCUACAAGUCAUGUGUAACAGACAUGUGUGAGUGUCCAGUGCAUAAGAACUGUUACUGCGAGUCGUUCAUAGCAUACAGUCGAGCGUGUGAGAGAGAGGGCAUCCGUGUGCACUGGAGACCGGAGCUCGCCUGCAUCAGCACACACUGCAAACAUGGUGCGGUUUAUGACACAUGUGGACCCAGCUGCACUAAAACCUGCCAUAACUGGAACGAGGUUGGACCCUGUCACAGGCCCUGUGUCGCCGGCUGCCACUGUCCCGCCAGCCUGGUCCUGUUUCAGGGCCACUGCAUUAAACCUACAUCCUGCCCUGGCCGAUGACCCACAUGACCUGUACAGGAGCAGAAGGCUGCUAGAGAUCCAAACAAACAGAGGAAAAAGAGAACUGGCCACGCAGGGCCUGUACAGUACUCAGAUACUCACAAACUGCUCCUCUCAGCAGUCGUGUCCUCGGUGUCGGAGACUCUGGAUGCCACUGCUCGCUCUGUGAGGACUUGGUUUCACCACCUAAGUGCCUUUCUGACCUCUGGAAUAAAUUCAGUUACCUGAAUUCCUGAUGCUUCAAACUACAAGGACCUGAACUAGAGUUACAUCAGGAGUGUAUGGCAAACACAAACAAUAGUAUUAUCCAUUUAUUGGGUCAAACAGUAUUUAAUACACAAUCACUUGACUGAAAGGGAAACUAUUUAUAUAUUUGUUGUUUAUUUUGUAAGACGGGGACUCAAAUGUGACUUAUAGCUUUAAAGAGAAGUGUACUUUAUUCGUCCAGCAUACACUGAUGUGUGUAUGUGUUGUUAUAACUGUACAUUUCACUUGACACAGUAAGAUAUUAUAUAUGACCAGUAUAAAGCUUAUAUACUUUUUCAGAAAUAAGCAAGUUUUUCUUUGAAAGUAUUUGUCACAGCUCAGGUUCAGAGAUGCCUCGUGUGUAGAUUUCGGGAUCGGGGAUGCAGAAUGAUUGUGCACCUAUGAAAAAAAAAAAGAAGAGUACAAAAAGAAAGCCAAAAAUCAACUUCAUGUAAAUUCUGGCAAGAAUUUUGACAAGGUACAUGAAAAUGGACUUGUAAAUUGAUAAAACUUUGCAAUACUGA